AUGUCCAAUUCAAUGCUUGAAUUAAGAAUAAUUUGCAUCCAGACACGCUUCAGAAUGUUGACUUCUGUUUUCUUAGCUUUGAUGACAAGGCGAGUGCAUCAAUCAUACCUGAAUGGAUUCGCAUUGCAGAUGGUGAUGUUGACAAUUGAAGGGAUGGUUGUAUUUCCCUGGUGGUCUAGAAUAGUUGGGACUGGAGUUCGUUGGACUAGAAGGAGAGAACGACGUUUCUGCCAUCGAUUCGUCCAUGCGCAGAUCUGGUAGACGCAGGAGAUUAGAAUCAAAAUGACUGCCAGUAGAAUUCCAAUUCUUAAUAACCACUUCCUCCUACGAAACGCCGUUUUCCUGUUUCGGCUUUGUUCAGGAUUAGACUUUAUUGGAUCCACUCUGAACUGA